UCAUAGGCGAUAGCCUUCCCUUGUAUAGGUAGGCUAAGCUAGGAGGUUAUGAUGCUUAUUUGAUUACAUGCGCUCAUCAAUUGGAAGCUGAUAUACCUACAGUUUGGCUGGCUUUGAAGAAAAUGCGAGGAAAAAUGGGAAGAUUCAUGGUUCUGCCCUUCUCUUUUGGCUGUGCUUCUCAUUCAAGUGUCGAGUUAGGCGCACCUAAAGCAGAAUCAAAAGCCUCAACUGUUACCAGAAGAGAAGUGGGAGGAGGAGGAGGAGGAGGAGAGAGUUCAUCAAAUUCAUCCAAAAUGAUCGUAAGGACGAACAAGUCUUCUUCGGGACUUCUGCAUGCUCUUCCAAAGCCUAACAUUGUUGGUGGCAUUCAACACUUGAUCAGAGGCAUCAAGAGCUUGUCUCAGUUCUUCGUAUAUAAAGAAGAAACAGAGGAUAUGGAAGCAGAGAUGGAAAUUGGAUAUCCAACAGAUGUGAAGCACUUGACACACAUAGGACUUGAUGGGUCUACCACAACAAAUAAUGACAAGGAUUGGGACAAUCUCAAGCCUCCUCCAGAGCUUCUGUCUCUCUCUUCAAUCUCUUUCAAGCAGUUCGAGAUAGCCAUGGCUGCCCAAGCUCACCACCCUCUCAUGAACGAUCCCUCCUCAAAAUUUGGUUAGCACAUUCGUGACACUCAUGGCAUUCCUUCAUUUUUUUUCCCCUCUCUGGUUGUAGAUUAAUGAUGAUGAAAGUUGGUGUUUGAUGGCCAUGUGUCUGGAGAGUUAACCUGCAAAUUACACAAAAUGAUAUUCUACAUUUGUAAUCUCUUUGAAAGCCAGAAAUGGAGUUUGUAGAUUCUCACGGGAAUCUUGGAAUUAACAUUAUCGCUGGGUCCAUGCUGCCUCCGUACUCAUCUUAUCGCAGAAAAUAUUAGUUAGGGAAAAAAAAAAAAAAAGGGAAACGUCAUUUCAGAAAACUUGUGGUUCAUAAAAUGAGAAACAACGACUUCAAACUUGGAAGGCCUUAAGCUUGAGGUUCCAAGAAUAACUAAAAAGUUACUAAAGAGAUUGCCCGAUAUGAAAAAUUGGAAAUUGGAUAACUAGUUUAGAAAGCGAAUAUUGCUUAGUAAAAAGAUCACCAAAUCUGCCAUCAAAACCUAAAACAAGCAUCUACCGAAAAAGCGACAAAUCCAAA